AUGAUGAGUUGUCCAGAAUUCGGCGUGUGUAAUUUCGGAGCUCUCCGUCGGGUGCAUCUACUCAGUCGUCCACUUGAGAUUCGCAGCGCGCCCCGGUCAACUAUGGGCCCCUACCCGGGCACCAAAUUAUACGUUGCGGGAAAAUUGUCUCCGCUAGCCGAUCCGCUCGCUUUCGAGAUGUCUGCCAUGCGCCAGCUG